GACCUGCGCACUCGGUUCGAAACAUUAUAUUCAGAGCCAAUGGACCUGAAGAACAAGCAAAUGAACGUUUCUUGUUGCAGGAAAGGUGUCAUAGCUGAGUUAUAAAUUCAUGCCUUUGCUACGAAUGCCUCAUUUUGAGAGGAAGCCUGAAGAAAGACAGCGCAUGAUCGACCAUCCUCAUCCUGUCCACCGGAAAAAGAUUUUCAACAGACAAACCUCCGAACUGACCGACAUGCUUCGAAAUGGAAGGAUUCUAGUCGAUGAAUUCCUUUCACGCCGAGCCCACCAGGCCGAGCCGCGUAGCCAGCCUGGCAGGCUUGACAGAAAGAGACGUUUAAUAGACACAGGACAACUUGAACGUGUGCGAGGCCCCCUAUGCUCACCAGACCUGCUCGAGCCAUGAGGCUUAGUGGUUCAUCACUAUAUAGAUGAACUGCCGCUGCCUGUACCACCAUUCUCAUGUAAUCGAGUUUUCUCCGUCCCGCAUCAUUCCUCC